AUGAGGGGAAAGCCGGCGCCUGACAUCUUGGUCGCGACUAGAGAGCUGUUGGGUAGGGAUGCAGGCGAACCUAGAUUGGCAUCGGGAGACCAAAUAUCAGAGAGGCAGAAAGGUCUAGUGUUUGAAGAUGGAUUCGUAGGCGUACAAGCUGGGAAAGCGAGCGGGAAUGAACGCACGGUGCAUUCAUACACUCUUUCUACUAAAUAUCGAUACUGACUGUGUCCAGUGGUGUACCACAAGAAGCCAUCUAAAAUCCCAUAUCAAUAUGCUCCUUUAUAGAGAUCAAGAUUCGUAGGUCACUUCUCUUGGAACGAACACAUCCCGC